AUGCCGAACAGCUCCGAUGGUGACCCCGGCGUCAGCACAACACUCCGUAUCACCAGAUCUAUAAUGACAGCGGAACCUAUUGCCCACGAACAUGAUGAAGGUUCUCCUCAACCUGGAGUCUCUCACAGAACGGCGGAUGCAGAAUAUGCAAGGCAGAAUUUAGUGGAAUUCUUCAGCCAGAACCUCCUAGAGAAGCCUAUACAAACACGCCUUACCUAUAUCGGGAAUGACCUAUCUACCCUUGGUUAUCUUGUUCGCCAGCAGUCGACAAACCAGCGUGUUCAUCACUAUCCUUCUUCGAACAGCUACGCACCACGCAUACCCGGGUUACAAGGCGUCCCGGCGCCCAACCUGAUUCCCAAAGAUGCGUUCGUUCUUCCACCCAAGAGCGUCUCCGAUAUUCUGAUAGGGGCCUACUUUGAACAUAUUCAUGGCCUUUUCCCAAUCAUUGAUCGAGAAGAGUUCCUCGCCCAGUAUGAAGCUCCGACUUCAGCACCACCACUGCUUCUGUUUCAUGCAAUAUGUCUAGCAGGGAGCCAUGCGGCGUCUACGCUUGACAACACUCAAGAACUGAAAAGUGCUUUUUUUCGUCGUGCAAAAGCGCUGUUCGAUGGGCGAUAUGAGGAAGACCGGAUGCACAUGGUACAAGCGGCCCUGCUCUUGACCUGGUUUUCCGAUGGCGGCGACGAUGUGUGCACAAAUGCCUGGUACUGGAUCGGAGUUGCAACACGUAUUGCUCUCGGCCUGGGCAUGCACCGAGAUGUUGGCCCUAGCAAGAUGCUGGAACGAGACAAGAGAACUUGGAGGAAGAUCUGGUGGUGUUUAGUCCAAUUCGAUGUACUCGUGUCUCUAUGUUACGGUCGGCCGCAGACCAUCAAUCUAGAUGACUGUGAUACACCACCUCUUGGCGCAGAAGAUUUCGAUGCCUCUACCAGUGAGGACGAAGCAAGCUUUUGCAUCCACCAUGCGAAGCUCUGCGCAGAUAUAUCCUUUUUACUCAGGACUCACUUUUCCCUCAAAACCCAGAAAUCUCCCAGCAACUGGAGUGCCUCUCUCCAAGCUUUGGAUCUCAAGCUCGCCGAAUGGCUCCUUAGUCUACCCUCUGCGCUACGCGACCGUAGCCAGCCAACAAGCGUGUACAAGGCAAUGCUAUUCCUCACAUACGAAACUACCUUGUGCACUAUUCACGGCUCUUGUCCAAGUUCAAGCUCAACUACGGAGUGA